AUGUCAACAAGAGAAGGCCCCUUGUCGUGUCAAAUUCGGGCUGAGACCAGCUUCUCCCACUUCAGCGCAGCAAGGACGACUUUUGCAGAGGUCAAUCCUGAGAGGCCUGGAGGAGAGGCGCUGAGAGCAGGACGACAUCUUCGACCCGCAGCGCAGGGCAACAAUGAAGGCAUCCCAGAACCCGACAUGGCCGGAAGUGAAUCGGACUGGUCUUUAUUUGGGGAUCUUUCUGAUCAGUGGGUAUCCGCCGAAGAAGAAGGCUCUCCCGAUCGUUCAUCGCCCGCCCAGGAAAAGCUACAGCGGAUUGAAGAGGCUGGUUUCCGGGUGUGGCUCCACGAGUUACAACUUUGGUCGAGAGAAGAGAAGUGCUCAAUAAGCGAAUUGCUCAUGCGCUUCUAUAACGAGUUUCAGAUUUCCGGCAGAAUGGGGCCGGGGAAAGCGCCUAAAGAGGCCGCGCAUCUGGUCAAUCUCGAAGGGGAGAGAAGAACACAGGCCAUCUUAGUUGGUCUGCUCUAUUCGAUGUCCCGCGCUCCUGCUACGAGCCAUCAGCUCAGACCCCAUACCCUCCCACCCCGUCACGGUCUUGUACGAAAUCAUAGAGACGCAGUGACUGUUAUCGCUGAGAGAGAUCCAAGGGACGGAUACGGCGGUGUCGUUUUGCUUUUGGGUUGCACAGCUCGGCUGGACCGUGAUUAUGAAAGUGUUGAUACGAUCAAGUUAGAGCAAGACAGAAAGGCUCAGGUGUUUGGCGAACAGCCUGGGAGGAGAUCUGUUGUCUCAAUAAUUGGGGAUGAGCAGCGGAUUGAGUUCUGGCAGACGACAAAGUCGCCCGAUGAGUACAGCGAUCGGCUUCUAUACGGGGUCCCACUAGAUCUGGAUUACUUCGAGGAAGACAACUGGGCGCUCCGACUGCUCUGGAAGGUGCUCUGUUCCUCGCCUAAAGAUUGGGGUUGCGUCGACUGGCCAAAGCAGAUGGAGGUUGAUGAUUCAAUUAUCACGAUUACUGCCCAUGUGGGCUGGGGCAGCUUGGGCUACUGUGUCUUCAAAGGCAAAAAAGCAGCCCCGAAAGUCAGUCCGCAGUCCGUUCCGGGAGGCAGCGAGACGGGCGAGGCAUCCGGAACGGAAGAGGAGGUGUACGUCGCCUUUUACGAGAGCAAGCCCCUUCGGAAAAUGGCGUUCACGCCCGAUGCCCCGUGCCGCCUUGCUUUCAUAGCGAGCUCUUGUCCCUCUGGCGAAAAGAAGCACAGGAAUCUGGUUGAACGGCAGGUCUUCCGUGGAAGCUUUAGUGGAGAGAUAGCGCUGAGAGCAGGACGACUCUUUCGAGCGGCAGCGCAGGGCAAGAAUGAAGGCAUCGAAGAGCCUGACUUGGCCAGGAGCGUACCUGGCUGGUCUCUGGCUGUGGAGCUUUCUAAGUGGCUAGAAGAAGCCGGCCUUCCAUAUUAUGAUCCGCGCGCCCAGACAGAGCUAGAGCGGAGUUUGGAGGCUGGCUUUCGAGUGUGGCUCAACGAGAUCGAACAUUUUCUGAGGGAAGAGGAUUGUUCACUCGAAGAGUUACUCAUGCGCUACGCGGAUCACGCAUACCGGGCAGCCGCCAAGAUAAAGCGGGGGAAGGCACCCGAAAAAGCUCCGUAUGUUACUGAUCUGGAAGGAGAAAAGAGAACGCAGGCCAUCUUGUUCGGUCUGCUCUACUCAAUGUACUGGGCCCCUCCGAAAACCCAGCUCAUACCUCGAAGCCGGUUGGUGUGGCGCGGUAAUUUACAAUACCAACGAGAUGCAGCUACCGUCAUUAACACAGGAGAGUCAGGGUCCGGAUACGAGGGCGUCGUCUCCCCUUUGGUGUUCAUUGCCCGGCUGGACCGGGAGGGUUACAGCGUUGCCCUUGCGCAAGCGCGUGAGAGUAUGGGUCGGGUGCUCGACGAACAGCCCGAGAGAAAUUUCGCCGUCUCGGUUAUCGCGGAUGAGCAUCGGGUUGACAUCUGGCGGAUGGAAAGGUCGCUCCAUGGGAACAGCAAUCAGUUGUUGUUCAGCCUCCCCCUGGAUCUGGAUAAGUUUGAGGAAGACAACUUGGCGCUCCGACUGCUCUGGGAGGUGCUGUAUCUACCGACUUACGUUCUGGGAUACGUCGAGUGGCCGAGGUGUAUGGAGCUGAGGGAUUCGGUUACAACGAUAACAGACUCCGACCAUCUGGCCUGGAGUAAAGUGUCGGGCUAUUGUAUCUUCAAGGGCAAACAAGUAGGGAGAGAAGCUCCGGGAGGCAGCAAGACAGGCGAGGGUUCCGGGAAGGACCAGGAGGUGUUCGUCGCCUUUUACGCGAGCGAGAGCCUUCGAAAUGAAGCGAUUGACAACCUCGUCCACUGGCCCGGUGGUGAACUAAGAUCAAGUCUGAAGGCGUCGGAGGCUUGGCCGUCUGCACCCUUUCCGAACUAUCUCGUCGUUGGAGGAGCGGCGAUAAGGUCACGAGCAAUCUUUCUGGCUUUGACAAAGCUGCAGCGUAUCCCUGACAAGGAGUGA